CAGGGAGGAAAAGGUUCCCUGGUUUACGCACAUUUCACCCGGUUUUAAAGUUUUGUCUGUCGUUAUAGUCAUAUCUUGUUCCUACGGAGAAGUCUGUCUUCGUUGUUAUUUGCUGUCCGGUGCAACCGACUCGGCUGGCGGAGCAGCAACAGUUACAUAACUUUUGAUGUUCCUACUCAAGCUGCCCUCUCACACAUGUGUAUGCUGGUGGCUGGCGGUAGUGGAUAGUCCUGUGUGACAGUGUUAAGCCACGCGCUGUCGCUUUGUCCGCCAUGCUGGUGUCGGGAGCGGAGCUGUGGAGAGCGUGUGUGGAGUUGGUCUCGCAGCCGUGUACGGUGCUGAUCGGGGCUGUGACCGCUGCGCUCUGCUACCUCUGGGCUCGACAGGAAGGGCAGCCCCCUGUGUUGGUGUGUGGUGAGGGUCUGCGUGUCUUCCUGCAGCAGUAUUGCCCAAUCGUGCGCGAACGCUUCUGCCCCACCCCCUGGUGCCGGGGAGGGCGCAUGCAGACAUUGAUCCGCGUGCUCAUCAAGUCCAGCCCACCCAUCAAAUACAGGAAUGAGCGCCUGGGUAUGCGAGACGGGGGCCAGGUGUGUCUUGAUUGGCUGGACAACGAUGAGAGUAGGCGGUACCCUGACGCCUCAGUUCGACCAAUCAUAUUGGUCCUCCCUGGACUAACAGGAAACAGCAGACAGACCUAUGUACUACACGCCGUACAACAAGCUACGGAGCAGGGAUACAGGUGUGUUGUCUUCAAUAACAGAGGAUUUGGAGGAGAAGAAUUACUGACCCCGGUGACGUUCUGUGCGGCCAACACGUCUGACCUGGAGGAGGUGGUGACACACAUCAAACACACACUCCCACACGCCCCACUGCUGGCCACCGGAGUGUCCUUAGGAGGGAUGCUGCUUCUAAACUACCUGGCGCGUAUGGGUAAGGAGGCGGGCCUUGUGGGGGGCAUGGUCAUGUCGGUGAGCUGGAAUACGCUGGAGUCCAGUCAAUCACUCGAACAGCCAAUCAACUGGCUGCUCUUCAACAGACACCUCACACGCAACCUCUGCAGAGCCAUACAGAAGCAUCGGAAGAUUCUGGAGACGGUUGUGGACGUGGAUCAUGUAAUGAAGGCUCGGUCCAUUCGUGAGUUUGACGAGCGCUACACCGCGGUGAUGUUUGGCUACGCCUCGUGUCUUGAUUACUACCAUGCGGCCAGUCCUGACUACAAGCUGCCCCAAAUCACUGUACCACUACUCUGCCUCAACGCAGCCGAUGACCCCUUCUCACCUAAACACGCUCUCCCUGUGUCACUAGCGGAGCGUUGUCCUAACGUGGCCCUGUUGGUGACGAGUCACGGCGGCCAUAUUGGAUUCCUGGAGGGGGUGUUUCCCAGGGGGCGUGGAUACAUGGACAGGCUGCUGGGACAGUUUGCACACGCCGCCUUUGAACAUAACCACGCCCUCCAGAAGGCCUGCCAACCAAUAACAACCCAGGAGACCUCUUAAACCCGCCUUCACACAUUGCCACGUCUUCCAGAAGGCUUGUCGACCAAUAACAA